AUGAUACCAGCUUACAGAAUUGCUAUGCUAGAAGUUUGUCAAUUGCAACUAAAAAUUUGCUCGAAAUUAAUUGAAUUAGGUGCGCCAUCCUGUCCGACAUUAUUUAGUCUUGCAACAUUUAAACCUUCAACAUUGAAAAGACUUGCUGGACAGUUCAUUCUGCUCCAUCCUUGUCAUAGUCCAUGUGGCUUAGUUGGAAUAUUUUGCCGUAAGUCUGAAAUUGAUGAUGAUAUUGGUAUUGAUAAUAAUGAUAGCAAAGUAUCGUGUUAUCAUCAAAUGCUCCCUAAUGAAUUGAUCAAAUUUUUGCAAGAUGGAGCAGUGGAUUAUGAUUGA